ACGUAUACAAACAGGAGAGAGAGAAAGAUAGAGAGAGAAAACCCAUUUCCGACAAGCUUCAACACACGCAUCUGAAGUUUUUCAUUUUCCCCAGUAACCGAAGUUGUAUUCUUUUGUGUAGUUUACUAUUAUUAAACUAAUUAUUCAUCAUUCAUUUUCUCACGGUGUUCAAGGAAGUUCCAUAUUCCACUGUUCGGUUAUUGUCCAACAACGGAAGAAUAAUCAAUCACCACCUCGAUUCACGAACUGGGUCGUGGACAGAUCUCGGUUUCGAGCCAGGAAAAAUCGGUUUGACUUUUGAGGUUCCAAAUCUUCUAAGCCGCCAUGGAUUCCCCACAAUCCGUUGUGUCUCCAUACAAGAACUCUGCCGAUUCUUCCGAGCAUGAGAAGCAGAAAUCCGACUUCUUCACCACCAGAACCUCCAAGGACCUCAAAACCAACGGCAAAGAUUCUGCCCGACACAACAACAACAACAAUCUAGAGCCGUCCAUAGGCCUCCUCCAUGUCUACAUCCACUCAGCCAGAGACAUCCACAACAUCUGCAUUUACCACAAACAAGACGUCUACGCCAAGAUUUGCCUCACCACUGAUCCAGACAAAACAGUCUCCUCCACCAUCAUCAAUGGCGGAGGCCGAAACCCGGUUUUCAACGAAAAGCUCGAGCUCAGUGUCAACACCAUUGAGUCCUCUCUCAAGUGUGAGAUUUGGAUGCUCAGCAGGGUCAGGAAUUACCUUGAGGACCAGCCUCUUGGCUUUGCCUUGGUCCCUUUGUCUGAGGUCUUGAUCAACAAUGGAGAGUUGGAGAAGGAAUUCUCACUCUCCUCCACCGAUCUCUUCCACUCCCCGGCGGGUUUUGUCCAGCUUUCGCUUAAGUACACCGGGGCGUCGCCCGCGGUGAUUGUGAGUGCGAAGCCCGCAGCAGCCACCAAUUUGCAGGAAGAUGGUGAUGCUGAUAUAUCUGAGUCUCCUAUCACUAGUGAAUUGGACAAGAUUGAGUUCCCGGAUCCUAAGAUUGCGAAUGAGGAUCAGAUAAUGGUUUCGGAGUAUUUUGGAUUGCCAUGUACUAGUUUGGAGUCUGAUGAUACUAGCUCCGAGAGCUUGGUCAAUGCUGGUGGUGAAAAUGUUGUUAAUGAUCAACAUGAUGAUGUUGUGGAGAGUUUCUCCAAUGCCGAGACUGUCCAGGCUCCUCCGAAAGCAGUCGAUUCGCCACCAAGCGUGUCGACGGCAAAUGGAGCUUUGUCUCCUUCGGUGCAAGCGAGCUCGGAGUCUUCUGAGGCUCCGGCGGGGGAGAAAGCGAAAUCUCCGGACAGGAAACAGGCCAAGGAGAAAGCUGUGGAUGGAAAGGAUAGUGAGAGUGAUUCCUCUGGUGGGUUGUCGAGUGAUUCGUUCACAAAGCCUGUUGUGACUGUCAACAUUGAGCCUGAGCAGAAGGUUGUGCAGCAGGAGAUUGUUGACAUGUACAUGAAGAGUAUGCAACAGUUCACUGAGUCCUUGGCGAAAAUGAAGCUCCCUUUGGACAUUGAUCCUGCCGGGACAACGACAACGUCAACGACAACCCCGACCUCCAUGUCCUCCUCGGAGAAUUCGAGCUCUGAUCCGAAGUUACAGGCCGCGAAAAACAGCGGCUCCCGUGUGUUCUAUGGGAGCAGGGCUUUCUUCUGAGCUUUGUGUUUUGCCAAAAAGUUAAAGUGGGAAUUUGGCAAAGGUGACUUAGAAUUUUAGAGAGGCAAAAAAAAAAGAGAGACUAAUACUAGUGUUGAGAACUUUGGAAAGUCUAAUAACGUGUCAUGUAGUUGUUGUAUCUUGUAUUUUGUAUCUUCCUUUUACUUUUGUUGAGAUGUUUUUAGGUGAUGAUGACAUGAACUUACUCAGUAUGAGCUUAUGAGCUUUGUUUUAUGUAUGAUGAACUAUUUCCGUUACAUUUU